UCGUUCCGCAGAAUACACCGGUCCAACAAAGUAUACUGUCAAGGUCACUGACCUAAGAACAAAUAAACUUCAAACGUUUAACACCACAGUUGGAUGGUGGUUGGAUGAACUAGUAACCGAAGCGUUGAUUGAUAAACUAGAUGCCUACUGGAAUUACACUGUUACUGUAACGGCAGUAACUUCAGCCGGCAACAUGGACACGCUGUAUAGCGCACCUACGGAAAUUACCUUUCAGACAGCAGAGGACGCUCCUGGACCGGUGACGAAUCUAACUGUUCAGAAUGAAACUGAUCUGAAAAAGCCACGGCGACUUAUCGUGAGAUGGGAUCCUCCCGAGGAAAGAGACCUUAAUGGAAUUAUCAUGCAUUAUUAUAUAUUAUAUUCUAAUAUGGACAAACUGUUUUACACAAACUCAUCAGUUUAUUCUUACACGAUAUCGCUGUACAUAGACAACAAGGUCGACGUAGCAGUACAGGUUUGGGCUGAGACAAGUGCUGGAAACGGAACGCAUACUAAACAUGUUAUCUCAGUGUCACCUGGAGCCCCUUAUCGUGCAAACGAAACUAAGACUGCUCCUCUAACAAAAACGGCGGAUGUUCCUCUUGAUGACGACCAGACGAUGAUAGCCGUGCUGCUCCCAAAGACAUUCCUCUGUAAUCGUGAAAAUGGCUUGCCAGACGCUUGGGGUGUAAUAGUUGCUCAGGACGGCACAGAAAAUGCAAACCCGUUUGUUGGAAGCCUUGACGAAUUUAACAACCUAACAGCAAAUUAUUAUAAAACGUGGCACCAGGUCAAAGACGAUGAUAAAAUGCAGCCAUAUAUAGCAACAUCUGAAUGGACCCCACAAUGUAAUAAAGAACAAAACACACGCCGCCGGCGCUCGGUCGAAGACAACACGAUUAACUUCAUUAUUGGUUCUGACGAUUGUUCAAACAACAAAGGGUACUGCAAUGGGCCAUUGCAACCAGGCCGAUCAUACAGAGUGAAGUCAUAUGCUUGCACAACAACGGGAUGCACAGAGACGUAUUAUUCUUAUCCUAUUCAAACAGCACCUAAUCUUGUUCCUGCAAUCGUUGGUGGUCUCGCUGCUGCAGUUGUGGUUAUCGCAGUUUUGGCUGUCAUUGUUUACACAAAACGUACCAGAAAAUUAUGUUUUUCAGGCAAGACAGUUGAAACAGAACACCAUGGUGAAGAUAUUGAAAUACCGGUAGUAGAAACUCCAUCCACGGAAUAUAUUUUCAAGCCUGGUCCAGUUCGAUUGUCCGAAUUUUCAGAAUAUGUAGCCAGAAUGCAUAGAGACAGUAAAAUGCUGUUUUCGGAUGCAUUUAAGAUGCUGCGAGACAAGAGUCCUGGUCAUCCGAUAACGGCGGCUGAUUCCCAACAAUGCAGGCCUAAGAACCGUUACACGAAUAUCAUGCCUUUUGACCACUCCAGAGUGAAGCUUCGCGCUCUCGACGACGUAGAAGGAUCGGACUUUAUCAAUGCGAAUUAUAUCCCUGGUUACAACUCUCGCCGCGAAUACAUUGCAACACAAGGUCCCAUGCAGAUGACGUUUGAUGAUUUCUGGCGCAUGAUCUGGGAACAAAAUGUUGACGCGAUUGUUAUGCUUACAAAAUUGGCGGAAAAGGGGCGGAUGAAAUGUGACCAAUAUUGGCCGAACGCGAACGCGCCAGUGUUCUACGGUGAAGUGGUUGUCUCCAUCAAGUCCGAGUCAAACCUCUCUGACUACACAUUGCGAAUUUUCGAGAUCAAAACUUCCAAUGGGCCUAGUCGGAUAGUGAAACAAUUCUGGUAUCUGAAAUGGCCUGACAUGGGUUGCCCCGAAGAUCCUCAGAUGCUGUUGGAUUUUGUGAAGUCUGUCCGAGAACAUACCCAUAGGCCUGGGAGGACAAAUCCCACCGUUGUACACUGCAGUGCCGGUGUGGGAAGGACGGGGACGUUCAUUGCGGUCGAUCAUCUGCUGCAGUAUAUCCGUAACCAUGACACCGUAAAUAUCUACCAACUGGUUCUGGACAUGCGUGAACACCGGGUCAACAUGGUGCAGACUGAGGACCAGUUCAUCUACAUUUAUGAAUGUCUGAAGGCGUUUAUUAACGCUGAUGAGGAGGACGAGGAACCUAUUUAUCAGAAUGGUGACUUUGGUGCGGAAAAUAUCUACGAAAAUGCAGGAUUUCGAAAGGAAACAUAAAACAGAUAACUUUAAUAAGUAGUCAGUUAGUUUCUACAAGCAAGUUUUUGUAUAUUCGGAUAUGUUUCCAUAUACCGGUAUACAAAUAUAAACGUAUAUUUCAGUGAUUUAAAAAAAUAUGAGUGUUUACAAAAAUUAACGAAACCUGAUCGUUGAACGCGAUUAGUACAUCAAAUAGGUGCAUCGAAAUGAUUGAUCUGGAAAUUCAAUUAAAGCUAUCAAGGACGUGCAAAGGACUUAUGCAGUCUUUGGAGAGUGUGUAAUCAUUAUGUUUUCUUCAUACCAAAUUUAUAAUCAGUAAUAGUUUAUGAAAACAUUGUUUGUUUUAAUUGUUUCAAAAUGCAGAUGUAUGUACGUUUUAUAUACAACAGUAUUAUUAUGGAUUAUAUACUGCUAGAUUAAUUCUGGUAUCUGAUGUGAAUGAAUUUUGCAUAAUUAAUUAUUCUUAAUUUAACAAUUUAAUGUGUGAUUGUAAAAUGUAUACUUAGAAUCAUGAGUUUACUUAAUGUCAUUAUCGUUAUUUCUUGUUAUGAAUGCAUAAUAUCAUCUCUAUAUUAAUUAUUAUCUAUACUUUUAAUGUAAUAGAUUCAUAUUAUAUGCAUUUUUACUAUUCAAUUAACGUGUAUUUCACGCUUUUAUAUUUUUCGCACUUGAAUACAUU